CCGAAAGGGGCAAUGGCACAGUCGCUUAACCUUCGGUAAAAGAAAGUAUACAUAGUUAUAUUGAAUUAAAUCUACAUUAAUGUCGAUAUAUGGACCUGAAGUAAAAGAGGUAUCGCUCGGUGUGACAGUGGUUAUCAAGCAGCAGCAGCAGCAGCAGCAACAACAACAACAACAACAACAACCAACAACAACAACAACAACAACAACAACAACAACAGGUGGCCUCCAAUGGAUUGAGCUAAACCUGUAAGAUAUGGAGGGAGCUGGGCACAGAGGAAGAUGGGACAUAAAAGCCCCUGUUGGCACAAUACUGCUCCUUAUGUGCAUGUUCAUCCCCACUCUGACAUUGUUACAACCUUCAGAGGAGAAGACGUGUCCACAUGGCGACUAUCUCACUGAAAAGGGAAUUUGUUGCAACAAAUGCCCUCCAGGUUUUAAGCUUGUAGAAAUGUGUCAUGCUACGGGUCACAGAAGUAACUGCACAAAAUGUCCCGAUCGGCAAUAUACAGACGAGAUGAACUACUCCCGCAACUGCAGAAGUUGCAGACGCUGCAAAGGAAAGCAUGACAAGGAGAUAUCAUCAUGUGAAUAUAACAAAAACACGAUUUGUAAAUGUGAGGAUGGUUAUUACAAGUCUGUUAUUGACUCAGAAACAUACGAGUGUCUGAGAUGUUCACCGUGUGGACAGAAUGAAAAGCCAAAACAGACAUGUACACCAGAGAAAAAUACUGUGUGUGAAUGUGAAGAGAACUACUACAAAGUCAAGGGCAAGUGUGAGCCCUGCAAGAAUUGUACCGCUGAGUGCAAACAUCAAUGUCAACCAUCAACUCCUACUCCUCCUCCUCCUCCUACUCCUACUACAAAAGCUCCUCUGCCUGAAGGUGUAAAUCUUAUCAAGAUAAUUGCUGGAGUUGCAGUUAUGGCUGUGAUAUUGCUGGUGCUGUUGGUUCUCAUCACCUACAUUGUUACAAAACGGACUAUCAAAAAUAAGUUGCUGAAACCAUACUGUCAACCCUCUGACGUCUCUGUGGACUCAUGCGAGCGAGCCCUGUUCCACAUCGAGGAACCUUCAGACAACAUGAGUGUCAAGGCUCUUCCCCAAAGUCCUGUGAGUGAACAGGAACCAUACAAUCUGCCUGACUGUGUCCCCCUAGAAGUCAAGAUCCCUGACCUGAUCUACACGGUGCUGGAUCUGGUUCCUGUGCUGCAGGUAAAGCAGCUGGUGCGUUCUCUCGGUGUGGAGGAUACAGAGAUCGAACAAGCAGAGAUGGAUCACCGAUCCUGCCGCGAGGCUCACUACCAGAUGCUGAGAGUGUGGGCUGAGCGAGGGUCACGUAGAGGUGGAGGAGGACGAGGUAGAAUGCUGCACUCGCCCUUGUUGCAGGAGUUGUUGGAGGAACUGAGAAAGAUGAACCUGGGACGGGCAGCCGAGGAGCUGGAGACAAAGUACGGCAUUCAGUAGUUCUGCAACAAGUGCCAAGUGGAACAAGAAGCGCAUGAAACCAAGUAUUGUUCUCUUUAGAGAGUCACUCAAAGGCAGCCUCAAAGCAUGACACGGUGCUACAGCAGUUUUAUUUUUAUCACUCUCGUCCUGCCAAACACUUGCUGAAAAGACGGUCAAACUACUGAGAGCGACAGAUCAAAUGGUUCAUAGAGGCAGAGUCAUAUGUAUAUGCAAAUGUUUGCUUUUUAAAGGAAUAAUAAGACAUUUUAGGAUGGGACGACCAGCAAGAAAGGGAAUAAGAGUAUUUUUUUUAAAUACGCUGUUUCUUUAGUAUCACUAUACUGUACAGUAUAUCUUUGGAAAUGUUGGGGAAUAUUUUAUGAUUUCAUACUGGACUUAUUACUUUUUAUUAUACAACAUGCAUUCAUGAUUUGAGUGUUUUCGACUGCAUUUUGUACUAAAUAGUAUCUACUGUUGUACAAACUGUUUUAUACAUCGUGCCUACUCUAUCAUAUGUAGUAAGGCCAAUUAAGCUAAUCUAUUUCUGUUAGUGUCAUCAGUCACCAUUAAAAGGUGUGUUAAAACAUUGCAGACAUUAGUUUUUUUUAGCACGGGGAAGUAAGUAUUCAUCUGUGCCAUUAACUGGUAAUGUUUUAAUAGUAGUUCCUGGUUACAUUGUUAAAACAGUUCUAGUCUUGUUUAUUUAAAUCUUAUGGGACAGCACGGUGCAAGGUUGGCACUGCUGCCUCACAGCCAGUAGGCACUGCUGAGAACUGGAUCACCGGUCCUUGCAGGACCUUUCUGGAGUCUCCCCGGGUUCGAGUGGGUUUUCUCUCAAAGUGCUCCGGUUUCCCCCACCAUAAAGACAUGCGUACUAGGUAACUCCUGCCAGUGCCCUUAUCAUUAAGGGCUAAUUAGUUGAGGGGUUAAAUGCAGAGGAUGCAUUCCUAAAAUGUGUUACAUACUUGGCAAAUAAAGAAAAUAGUAUUAUAUAAUAUUAGAUAAAGAACAAUACCAAAGCCAGGGAAGUCUGCAGUUCCUAUUAGACCAGACCCCUGCUACUUAUUUUACAGGCUUUUCACAGCCUCAUUAGCGUUCUUUUGAACCCCAUCAUACAAGCAUUAUUCAUUACUGUCAGAGAAAACAGGACACGCCUUGUUUCAGUCUGCCUCAGCCAAGUGAACUUUUAUAAUUCCAGUCUUGGCCUGCAGAUUCAGUGAUGAAUCAGUCACUCUCAGACAGACUGAGGACGUGUCAUUCCACAGCACUUUUAUCCUACACUGAAUUGUAUAGCCAAACAGAACAAUUUAUUCACUGAGCAAUCCAUGUUGAGCAGUAUAUAACAGAUUUUGUGAUAAUAUCUGAACUUUAAAUAAAUCUGUCUUUGUAUCUUAA